AAAAGGCCAUAUUCCAUUUGUACUGCAUUUAUAUUUAUGCUAAUAAAAGAACAAAACACCGAUUUGGCAUUUCCCCUUCUCUGUUUCCACCUGACCAAAAGCGCUUUUAAAGAAGGAUCAAUUUUCCUGGUUUCUAUUUCUGUGGUGAAGAGGAGGUAGGUCUCUCUGUGUGUGUGUCUGUGUGUGUCUACCCCCCAAUUUCGCAGACCCGCUUGGUCUCCGCGGGCCGCUACGUGCCCAUCAGUGCCAACUGCUACCGCUGCAUUGCACGGCCUUUCUAAAAAGCACCGUUCCAGCGGUCCCGGUUUCCGUGCUGCAAAACACCCGCGCCGCAUCCCGGGCGAGCCGUGCGGCGCUCCAGCUCCGGCAGAUCAGAGCAGGGGGGACAGCCCCAACCCCGCUAUGACUCACUACGUCACGGGCUCGGGGGAGUUUCCAGCGAGCUGUCAUUGCUCCUUUCUUCCCCGCAGGCAGCCAAUCAAAGGAGGAGCUGCUGCAACUGGCCGGCAGAAGCGAAGGCGCGUCCACAAUAGCCCGGAGGAUAAGAGGAUUGUGUAGUAGCGGGCGCACCUUACUUAACAGGUUGCCCGUGGGCGCCGCGCUGGACCUGCUGCUGGGUUCUCCGUUAGCCUCGGCCAGGAUGGCGGCCGUCGAUUGCGCAGAGGAGCCGCCUUCUUCUCUAGCACCAGAUAAGGUUCGAGCGGCGAUGCUGGGAGCCGCCGGGCUGCUACUGGCGUUGUGGUGGCUGUUGGGCCGCCGGACUCUGCAGCGCCUUCCCCCUGGCCCCAAGCCCUGGCCGCUGGUGGGCAACUUCGCCUUCGCCCUGCUGCCCAAGAGGCUGCAGGUCCACGGGGUCUUCCCGCCCCGCAAGAAAGAAGGGAACUGCGACCGAGCCGAAGAUGGAAGGCCGGCGCCGAUGCAUGUGCUGCUUACCGGGCUGGCUAAAAUGUACGGCAGCAUCUUCCGAAUGGACUUGGGCAGCCGCCACGUCAUUGUGCUUAGCGACUUCGAAGCUGUCCGGGAUGCGCUGGUCACUCAGGCCGAGGUCUUCAGCGACCGGCCCAGUAUGCCCAUCGUGGCCAUCCUCACCGAGAAGAAAGGUGUGGUGUUUGCGCCUUAUAAUCCAGUGUGGAAAAAACAAAGGAAGUUUUCCCACUCAACUCUCCGUCACUUUGGACUAGGAAAGCACAGUCUGGAGCCUAAAAUCAUUGAAGAAUUCAAGUAUGUGAAAGAAGAGAUCCUGAAACAUGGAGAAGAGCAAUUCAACCCUUUCCCUAUAAUUGGCAACGCAGUGUCCAAUGUGAUCUGCUCAAUGGCCUUUGGUAGGCGCUUUGAUUAUGAUGAUGCAGAGUUCAAGAACAUGCUAAACCUGAUGUCACGUGCACUGGAGUUCAGCCUGAAUAGUCAGGUACUGUUGGUCAACAUUUGCCCGUGGCUCUAUUAUCUUCCUUUUGGACCUUUCAGAGAAUUCAGGCAGAUUGUGCUGGAUAUCACAGCUUUCUUGAAAAACAUCAUUAAACAGCACAGGGAAAGCUUGGAUGCUCAGUAUCCCCGAGACUUCAUUGAUAUGUAUCUCCUGCAUUCAGAUGAGGAAAAGAAGAUCAAUGGGGAAAGCAGCUUUAAUGAAGACUACCUGUUCUUCAUUAUUGGAGACCUUUUUAUUGCAGGCACAGACACGACGUCCAACACAUUACUCUGGAGCCUUCUUUACAUGUCCCUUCACCAACAAGAGCAAAGCCCUUCUCCCCAUCUUGAAGCAUGAAAUGUAGAAAAGUUAUAAUGCAAACCCCAAGAUAGGUUUAACGUUGUUUUAAAACCAAAACAUUGCCCCUAUAUUCUUUUCUGCACUACGACUGGAAAUUAGCUCACUUCCACUGUGCCAUUUUAAGAGUUUCUCCAUUCAGGUAAUGAAAAA